AUGGCCGAGACCGCGGAGCCGGAGGGAGGCGCUCCGGGUCCCCAGGGGCCGCCCGAGGGCUCAGCGCUCCUGGAGGAGAGACCGGGAGAACCGGACCCCGCGGGCCCGGUGGCCAGCGAGGGAGCUUCAAAGGCGCCCAGGGGCGAGGGGGCGGGCGCAGCCGCCACGGUCCGGGCUACGGAGGAAGCUGGCGGCGGGCGGGACAGAGAGGGCGCCGGCGAGCAGGCGCCGGACGCUGGCACAGAAUCGGGGGGCGAGGCGCCGGACGCGAAGGGGGCACAGAGCGAGGCGGAGGGCGCCCCGGAGGGCACCGAGGCCCCCCAGCUAGGGGAAGAGGGGAGCGGCGGGGAGCAGGUGGAGGAGUCGGGCCCCGACUGCGAGCUGCAGGGCGAGGCUGCCGGGGAGGCUGAAGGGCAGGCCCCAGGGGCGCAGGAGGAGGCGGUGCCGGGGGACAGCGUGGACGCGGGGGGCAGCGUAGACGCGAGGGGCAGCGUGGACGCGGGGGGCAGUAUGGACGCGGGGGGCAGCAUAGACGCGAGGGGCAGCGUGGACGCGGGGGGCAGUAUGGACGCGGGGGGCAGCGUAGACGCGAGGGGCAGCGUGGACGCGGGGGGCAGCAUGGACGCGGGGGGCAGCAUAGACACGGGGGGCAGCGUGGACGCGGGGGGCAGCAUAGACGCGGGGGGCAGUAUGGACGCGGCGGGCAGCGUGGACGCGGAGGGACCGGCGGGAGGGGCGCACGGGGCCGGAGGUGAACCCCAGGAUCUUGGGGCUGGCAGCCCCCAGCCCAGGGCCGAGGCGGUUGAGGUGGCGGGGGCGGAGAGCGAGGGGCACAGCCCAGGGGAGUCCGUGGAGGGUGCAGCCGCGGAGGAGGCGGCGGGGACCCGGGAGCCGGAGGGGUCCGAGGACGCGGCGGGCGAGGACGGGGGCCAGGGCCGGCCCCAGGAGGAGACGGAGCAGCCGGCGGAGAGGCAGGAGCCGGGCCCGGAGACGCAGAGCGAGGAAGAGGAGAGGCCCCCGGAUCGCAGCCCCGACGGGGAGGCGGCCGCGUCCACGCGGGCCGCUCAGCCGGAGGCGGAGCUCAGCAACCAUCUGCCGGCGGCGGAGGGCGGCCAGCGCGGCGAGGGGCCGGCGAACGGCCGCGGGGAGGACGGCGAGGCGUCGGAGGAGGGGGACCCGGGCCAGGAGCACGACAUCACCCUCUUCGUCAAGGCUGGCUACGAUGGCGAGAGUAUUGGAAAUUGCCCGUUUUCUCAGCGUCUCUUUAUGAUCCUCUGGCUAAAGGGUGUUAUAUUUAAUGUGACAACAGUGGACCUGAAAAGGAAACCCGCAGACCUGCAGAACCUGGCUCCCGGAACAAACCCUCCCUUUAUGACUUUUGAUGGUGACGUCAAGACAGAUGUGAACAAGAUCGAGGAGUUUUUAGAGGAGAAAUUAGCUCCCCCGAGGUACCCUAAGUUGGCGACCCAACACCCUGAAUCGAACUCGGCAGGAAAUGAUGUGUUUGCCAAGUUCUCAGCAUUUAUAAAAAACACCAAGAAGGACGCCAAUGAGAUUUAUGAAAAGAGCCUGUUGAAGGCCCUGAAGAAGCUGGAUACUUACCUAAAUAGCCCUCUGCCGGAUGAAGUAGACGCCUACAGCACGGAGGACGUUGCCAUUUCUGGAAGGAAGUUCCUGGACGGCGAUGACCUCACACUGGCUGACUGCAACCUCUUACCCAAGCUCCACAUUAUAAAGAUCGUGGCCAAGAAAUACAGAGAUUUUGAAUUUCCUCCUGAAAUGACUGGCAUCUGGAGAUACUUGCAGAAUGCGUACGCCCGGGAUGAGUUCAUCAACACGUGUCCGGCUGACCAGGAGAUCGAGCACGCCUAUUCAGAUGUUGCCAAAAGGAUGAAGUGAAGCUGACUCCGGCUGAGUGAGCUGGACAUCGAAAACAAUGUGUUCUGUGUAUCCCACCCCACAGCAAAGUCUUUGCAAAACAAGGCUCGUGAUGUGCUCUGUGGAAUGCCGCAUGAACCAACGGCCUUGUAAUUUGUCGGCUCACCAAGUAUCUUAACAUACCAGUAUUUGUUGUUCUACACACCAAGUACCUAGUUUGUGCAAAGUUAUAUCUUUGACAUUCACUGGUUUUAUACUUAGGACAUGUUUUUUGCAGUCUACGUUUCAAAGCAAAUUAUAUUUGGGCUUGAUGCCUUCGAUUAUUUUUUUUUAAAUAGGUCUAUCUGAUAGUUUUUAUAAUCACAUAUAGCCUUCUUUUCUAAAUUAUGAGUGUAAUUUUUUUUCAAAAGGAAAUACUGUUUAUAUAAUUAAAAAGCACACCAUCACAUGUUUUGAAACAGCAUCAGAAGAUAAAAAAGAAGUUAACAGUCACCCAACAUUUUACUCCACUUAGUGAUUGAUAACUUCUUCCAAGUCCUCAGUCCCACGCACAUACAGGCGCGCACCAUCACACCGCACGGGAUUGCAUUCGUGUGGUAGAACAUGUGUCAUGAAGAGCUGGCCAGAGACCCCUGGGUCACGCCUUGAUCAUCCUCCCCAGGGAGCCCAACACGGACAGGCCUGGCACCGCUAAGCUGGAGAGGAUGCCUCAAUCAGCUUUCCAAGAGGCAGGGAACUGUGGAGUGGACAGGCACACGGACCAGCCACACGUGGCCCUCGUGCUGCCCUGUGACAGCUCCGGGACACCAGGACACUGCUGCCAGGCGUGGGGGAGAGUGCUCGUCUGUGUCUUUGGCCCCAGCAUCGUUUCCAGUCCUGCUGCUGCUGCUCCCACCCCCCUGAAGACGGUGCCUAUAGGAGAACUCUUCCGUCAGCUGCAACUCAGAGAUGCUUCCUGCCCUGCGUGUGGAAAGUGAAGCAUGCACUCCCUGCUGCCUUCCGCUGGCCGCCCUCGGGGCCCAGGGAGGGGCUGGUCUGGGCUGUGGCCGCUCUGCCUUGUGUGAUCCCGGUUAGUGUUAGGGCAAACCCAGGGAGAGGAAGUCCAUGGGCAGUUCUGGCAAACAGUCCAGGCAGGGAGGAAGUGAAAGGUCUUGACUCAGAAGAGUGUCGCUUUCUCUAUGACUUCCCCUCCCCACCAUCCCCCAGCCCCACCUGGGGGCUGUGCUGCUGGGCCCCACCCCCAGCAUGGAGGACAGCACGGGGGGGGGGGGCUGGGGCCACCAUCAGACCCUCGUGGCCUCUUAGACGUCAUCCCUUUGAUGUCACCCACGUCCAGCAGGAGGCCCCGUGGCACCGGCUGUGGUGGUAGCAGAUGGAAAAGGCUCAUUUUUCUAGUCCUUGCCUUCUGUGUACAGGCGAGCCACGUGAAAGAUGGUGGAGUGCAUCCAGAGAAACUGUCCUGGGAUUUGGUGAAAAAAGUGAAGAACACGAGACCGUAACAGGAGACCACUUCCUUUCCCUGCUCCCGGUGCCACACUCUCAUCCCUGCCGGCUGCUUUCUUGAUCAACCAUACCUUUUUGGAGUUCUGGUCUAGCCUGGUCACAUCAUUCCGGUCUAGCCUGUUAUUUUUAAAUCUAGUUUUAUGCUGUUACUUUAUGUUUGGUCAAUUAGUCAACUAGCAGAGAGGUUCCUAGUGUGGAUAACGUGGUAAUUUUUUAGAUGUUAAAAUGAUCUGCAUAAAAUCUAAGUGGCUUGAAAAUUAAACAGAUUAUAAAGCGUGUAAG